AGUGGGAAGAGUAAAGGAGCGAGAGGGCAGUCGCACAGGACGUGGAACGGCCGUUGCCGUGGAACGUGUGCGCUGGACUCGGUUCGUUUCUCUUACAUUUAUUCGUUAUGACAAUACAGUGAUCCAGCGCUAAGCGCUGUGACCGUACGUUUUUACGAUUCGUUCGGCUACGGCAGCAAGAACGAAGAGGAGCCGAAAACGAAACGAAGAAGAACAACAACAAUAACAACAACGACGACGACGACGACGACGACGACGACGACGACGACGACGACGACGACGACGAGGAAGACGCGAGAUGGAGACGCGUCGCGGCACGGUCUGACCGUGGCAGCCUGUUUCCGUCCUUCUCUCGUUCCUUCGUACCUUCGCUGGGGUCUUCCUCCUUCGUGAAUUUUAGUGUGUGCGUCAUGUGCCGCCGCCGUCACUAUACCUACGUCGUCGCGUGUGUCCUCUUCCAGUGGAUUACCAUCCUCGAGUAGAAUCUCCCAUUUACUCUCCUUCUCCCUCCUUCUCUUUUGUGAAAAACAAAAAGUUAUUACGAGGGGAAGAAAGAAAGUGUCUUUGCUCGAGGUUCGCCGGUACGCCCAUCUCUGUACGAUUGAGAAAGAGAAGGAGAAAGACAGAGAUAGAGCGAGUGAGCGAGAGAGCGAGAACGAGCGAUAGAGAGAGAAAGAGAGAGAGAAAAGAAAGAAAGAAAGAGGGAGAGAGAAGGAAUUUUCUUCUCUCCAUUAUUAGUGAUCGUUCCUUCUCUUGUGUUCGGUUCGUCGCGGUAUAAGUACGACGACUUCGAGGACGAAGAUUAGGAGGAAGGUGCUCUUCUCUUUCUCUCCAAUCCUUGUAUUUUUGUCUGGCUCUCGUGGUGCUGAGGCGAGAGAGAGAGAGAGAGAGAGAGAGAGAGAGAUACAGAGAGAAAGAAAGAGAGAGAGAGAGAAAGAGAGAGAGAAAGAGCAAGUUCGACGGUUUGGUGGGGUUGUGGGGUGGUGGUGGUGGUGGUGGAAGGUGGAGUAGAGUCAGCGAGCGAGCGAGCGAGAAUAAAGAAAGAGCGAGAGAGAAAUAUAAGAAGCGAGAAGAGAGAGGGGACACGUCUGGUCCGAUUCCGUGCGUUCGAACGAGAGAGAUAACGCGAGGGAGCGCAAGUGGCGUAUCAAGAUGGCGCAUAAUUUGGCACCGAGCGUCAACUGCUCGCUCGACGACAUUGACCUGAACGCCCUGAAGGAACCCGCUGGGAUAUUCGAGCUGAUCGAAGUCGUCGGCAAUGGAACGUACGGGCAAGUUUACAAAGGUCGACACACCAAAACGGGUCAGUUGGCGGCCAUCAAGGUCAUGGACGUCACAGAGGAUGAAGAGGAAGAAAUCAAAUUGGAAAUAAACGUACUGAAGAGGUAUUCGAAUCAUAGAAACAUAGCUACGUACUACGGUGCCUUCGUGAAGAAGUCAUCACCAGGGAAGGACGAUCAGCUAUGGCUGGUUAUGGAAUACUGCGGAGCUGGCUCCGUCACAGACCUCGUCAAAUCGACGAAAGGUCAGAGCCUUAAGGAAGAAUGGAUCGCUUAUAUUUCGAGAGAAAUAUUAAGGGGUCUCAGUUAUCUUCACAGUAACAAAGUAAUCCAUAGGGAUAUAAAAGGACAGAACGUACUUCUGACCGACAAUGCCGAGGUUAAACUUGUUGACUUUGGCGUUAGCGCGCAAUUGGACAGAACGAUAGGCAGAAGGAAUACGUUUAUAGGUACACCUUAUUGGAUGGCUCCAGAAGUUAUAGCUUGCGAUGAGAAUCCCGACGCUACUUACGACAAUAGAAGUGAUCUUUGGUCUCUCGGAAUUACCGCUUUGGAAAUGGCUGAAUCACAACCUCCACUUUGUGACCUACACCCGAUGAGAGCCUUGUUCUUGAUACCGCGUAAUCCACCGCCGAGACUGAAGUCCAAAAAAUGGGCGAAAAAGUUUCAUGGUUUUAUCGAAACUGUAUUGGUGAAGGACUAUCAUCAGAGGCCUUACACCGAACAAUUACUCAAGCAUCCAUUUAUUCGGGACCAACCGACGGAGAGACAAGUCAGAAUACAGCUCAAAGAUCAUAUCGAUCGUUGUAAGAAACGCAAACAAGAGAAAGAAAGAGACGAUUAUCGAUACAGUGGUAGUGAAAACGAAGAAGACGAACCGGCAUUGGCUGGCGAACCAUCCUCGAUAGUCCAAGCUCCCGGCGGUGAUACAUUAAGACGUAAUUUCCAGCAAAUUCAAGAAGGUCGAACGUUGACUCAAGAUGUAUCACCUCAAGCUCCAGCCGGUAAGGAAAAGCCAAAUCAAGGUAGAUCUCAGCGGGAAGUACCAGAACCAGGCCCGCCUGCGAGACCAGCCAUUCCACACAGACUCAUCGUCGUGCCAGAUCCGCAACCGCCUUCACGACCUUUACCACCGACACCUAGGGACGAUCCACGACAAUCCCACAAGGUCUCGACACCACCCUCCAAUCAUCAAGCACCUUCCGCUGGCGGUGGAGGUAGCGGGGGUUCUGGUGGUCAAGCUGCACCUCAAAGAAACAGUCACGUGUUUAAACCUAUGCUGCCGCCGAGGAGGCCAGAGGACUUGGACAUGCUGGCCGCUCAACUCAACGAGCUUGGUGUGUCACAGGGCCCCGAGGCCCCGCCUAGGCCCAACAGGCAACAUAAAGGCCCUCCAGCGACGUCAACCUCGAAUUCGGUCCAGCCAGCGAGCGCUAACGAUCAGAACAACAAACAGAUGCAGCAAUCCUCCAGUAUUCUCGAUCAAGCACUGUCGAUCGAGAGUGACAGCGACGACGAUCUCGAAGAUGCUGGUAGUAACAAUUUGAGGAACGAUGGUACACUUCUUGCUAGCGAUCCGCCUAAGCCUCUUCCCGAAUUUUCUCCUUUCAGGCCAUCAUCGGAUUCGUCGUCGUCGUCCUCGCACAACGCUCAGAAUUCGCAUCACGAAGGUAAGCCAAAAGGUGGAGCACCCAAUCGACCAUUACCACCGACGCCAGAUGAGGAAGAGUCCGGAGAUCGUACACUAGUCAUGAAACGAAAACUUAGUCAGACAUCAGACGAUCGUGCAAUGGCUAGCGACAACCGCCGCUCAGAGAUAGACGAGCAGCUCCUUCUGAAGGAGUGGGACUUCACCCGCUUCUUUCAGGGUUUUAACGAAAGGUUGGAUAAAAUGAAACAGGAGCACCAGCAAGAAGCGGCGGUCGGUACGAGCAAAUCUGGCAGCGAGGAUCGUUCCUCUUCUUCCGGCGAAAGAACCCUUAAGAGGCAGGAGCAGUUAGCGCGUAGGAAAUACGAGCAACAACAACAGCAGCAGCAGCAGCAACAGCAGCAGCAGCAGCAGCAGCAUCAUCAUCAGCACCAUCUUCAUCAGCAGCACCAGCAGCAGCAACAUCAAAAGCAACAACACCAACAACAGCACCAGCAGCAGCAGCAGCAGCAGCUUAAGGCGGUUCACAGACGACAAGAGAGCGACUCGAAGCUCGGUAACACCUCGAGCGCAUUCGCCCGUGCAUUCCGCCGCGAAAAUUCGGAUUUUUUUCCGUCAACGAGGCACUCCGCUUAUCUACAAAAGUCGGAUUCCUCGAGAUCAAGCAUAUUCGCGAGUGGUAAUCGUCGCGGCAGCGAGAUAAGCGUCGCAGGUAUAGUCGGUAAAAAGGGCAAUGCUCUUAAUACCGGCGAGCCCGUCCUCACGGACUUCUCGUUUGGACGCGAUGGGCCCCAGAGGCCAAGGAGAGAAAAGACAGAGAGCGAAAUCGUCUUUGGUAACAGGCACGAGGCGAGGAGACUCGACUUCGGACGCAAUAAAGACGAUACCACAAGGAGACGCAGUUGUAGACCUUCCGAUGCGGCCCUGGCCGCGCCAGAUGACGCGGGAACGAUUAAAUCCACGGCCAGUACAACGGCUAGCGAGUACAGCCCUGUUGUCACCCAGAAUCGAGAAGGUGGUGAUCGACCAAGAGGAGGCGGAGGUGGUGGCGGUGAAUUUCAAAGGUCAGAUUCUUCGCCUGGUUCAAGGCCAAGCUCGGUUUUACCGGACCUUUUGACUUCAUCGCCGGGUCAACGUCAGGACAAGUCGACAAGCGAGGAGUAUCGACAAGCGGUUAAAUCACCACCCCCGUUUGCACUUCAACAGAAACAGAGAUCAUUCCUGACAUUUGGAUUCGGUGCUGGACCAGCGAGGAGAGAAUCCCACGUAAACGUUAACGUGACACCUACGAGUCACGAUUUGGCCUCCGAUACGCCUGAAAUACGAAAAUACAAAAAGCGUUUCAAUAGCGAGAUUUUAUGUGCCGCAUUAUGGGGGGUGAAUCUGUUGAUCGGUACGGAGAACGGGCUGAUGCUGCUCGAUAGGAGCGGACAAGGGAAGGUUUAUCAGCUGAUCAGUAGGAGACGUUUUCAACAAAUGGAAGUACUCGAGGGACAAAAUAUUUUGGUUACCAUAAGCGGUAAGAAGAAUCGUGUGAGGGUCUAUUAUCUCUCCUGGCUGAAGAGUAAGAUUUUACGUACCGACGGCCAUAGCGAUCAAGUCGAGCGGCGCAAUGGUUGGAUAAACGUCGGUGAUCUCCAAGGAGCAGUGCAUUUCAAAAUAGUCAAGUACGAAAGAAUAAAGUUCCUUGUCAUCGCGUUAAAGGACUCGAUAGAGAUCUAUGCUUGGGCACCAAAGCCCUAUCAUAAAUUCAUGGCUUUCAAAUCGUUCGGAGAACUAGCCCACAGGCCGCUUCUCGUUGAUCUAACCGUCGAGGAAGGAACGAGAUUGAAAGUUAUUUAUGGAAGCGCCGAUGGAUUUCACGCUGUCGAUUUGGAUUCGGCGACGGUUUACGAUAUCUAUCUACCGAAGCACACUCAGGGACCGAUUUGUCCGCACUGCAUCGUCGCCUUGCCGAACAGUAACGGCAUGCAACUUUUAUUGUGCUACGACAACGAGGGCGUUUACGUGAAUACCUAUGGCAGAGUAUCCAAGACGAUGGUCCUUCAAUGGGGCGAAAUGCCAACGAGCGUCGCUUACAUCGGCACCGGCCAAAUCAUGGGAUGGGGCAACAAGGCGAUCGAGAUUAGAAGCGUCGAAAGCGGCCAUCUCGAUGGCGUUUUUAUGCACAAGAAAGCUCAACGGCUCAAGUUCCUUUGUGAACGCAACGAUAAGGUCUUCUUCUCGUCAGCGAAGGGUGGAAGUUCGUGCCAGAUUUACUUCAUGACGUUAAACAAACCCGGCAUGGCUAACUGGUGAUCCCGAAUGAGGCCGUGUCUGGCCCCACGAACACCCCCGCGGAUUUUGACACACAAUCCACCGCGUGUGUCCGGUUACACGCCAUCGGCGCGCACCCUCUACCGCCCUUCACUGCCAGGCCUGAGCGCCAUGGAAACGAGGAUAUGCGCGCACCAAUACCGACAGCAUCAUCAUCAUCAUCAUCAUCAUCGUCAUCAUCAUCAUCGUCAUAAUCAUCAUCAUAAUCAGCACCAUCAUAAUAAUAAUAAUAAUAAUAACAAUAAUAAUAAUAAUAAUAAUAAUAAUAAUAAUAAUAAUAAUAAUAACAAUAAUAAUAAUAAUAAUAAUAAUAAUAAUAAUAAUAAUAUUAUUAGUCAGCGUCAAAGUCGACAUCAUAGUCAACGUCAACGUCACUAUCAACGUCAUCUCUCGACGCGUAUUUACGAUGAUUACGAGGAAGAGGAAGAGGAGGAGGAGGAACAAGAAUUAGAGGGUGGAACUUACAACGGAAGAUACCGACCAUAUCCUCGACUCUCGUUACGAAGCACCUCGGGGACUUUAACUUUUGUGAAUCUUCUCGUCAAAAGGUUCCUGUGCUUUCUCGUUUGCCCGCCCUGCGGACCGCGCGGUACACCUUAACGCGAUCGAUCCUCUCCCCUGGGAUGGUCUUUUUUCUCCCCCAACCCUCCGCGAUUUUCCAUUCCGACGAAGAUUAAAUGGGAAACGAGGCAAAUGAAAAAAAACAAAAAAAAAAAAAGAAAAAAAAAGAAAGAAAAGAGAAAAAAAGGAAAAAAGAGAAUAGAAAAAAGAGAGAGAAAAAAAAGUAAUAAAUGAACGAGCGCGUGCGCCUGGAUGAACUUUGUACUUUGUCGCUCGCUGAUAAAUCGCUGUCGAAUCGUCGUCCCUUCUUUUCCUCGUCGUACCGAACGUUAAUUCUCCUUUGGAAAAUUGAUGCAAGCGUUCGUCUCUCGGUAGUAACCGAGAUCGAUUAUAGAUACUUGCGAGCACGAUAUUUAGAUAGAUCAUUAUUGCAAAAACGGGACGAAUUUACUUUCGAUAAAUGCGCGAACGCUCACGAAAAUGAAUAUACGAACGAGAUCGUGCGACGAUCGUGAACGAGUUAUCAGUCAAGCGACGAUAAAUCGCUAAUCGUAAAAUUGUUUAUUAAGCGCUAAGAACUCUUAACGACGUGGUGAGUGUUUUUGAUCUUGUACGAGUAAGAAGACGUUGGUCUUUCCUCCCCUCCCUUCUCAAUAUGUUUUUACUAACAGUGGCAAAUUUUUCUAUCGAGCACAGAGCGAAGUGACGUUUCGCGUUUAUAUUGUCGAAGGCAGUCGUUUAGAUAUAUGGACGCGUGGAAGCGCGAUCUAUAAUGCGCGUCUACGGAUUACGAUCGUCAUCCAUCGUAUUCCAGUGUGUGUUGUAACAAAAAAUUUAUCGACUGCUUUCACGCGAGCGUGCGCGAGAUAAGUGUAUGCGUGCGUGCGUGCGUGCGUGUGUGUGUGUGUGUGUGUGUGUGUGUGUGUGUGUGUGUGUGUGAGUGAGAGAGAGAGAGAGUGUGUAAAAGAAUGAAUCGAAGUUUUCACCGGCGACGCCGAGGUGAACGGUGAAGAUGAGUUACUGCAUGAUAUAACAUAAUAAAGUUAGACUUAAGUGAGAUAAUUACUAAUGUUAUUAAUUGUAUAGUUAUAGAAGCCGAGGAUUUUGUGGGCGCUCGAUCAAGACGACAAACGACAAUGACGACGAACGAAGACAACGACGACGAAAAGGCAAAAAAAAAAGUAAAGUACCAAGAGGCGAAAGAUAUUAAGACGAUAGUGACAAUGACGAUUUUGACGAA